CCCCGCGGUCAAUCAAACUGCCCCGACCCGAUGCAGUUUUUAGCUGGCAAGAACAAAAACCGCGCCCCCCAACGAUUUUCGUGUAAACCGCGAGGUGGGGUGAUGGUUUAUGAAAAAGAGUGGUAUUUUUGAAAUUUUUCGAAAAUAAGUGGUAUUUUUGAAAUUGUUUUUUAAUGGGGUAUUUCUGGAAAAUUUCCCUUUUGAAAAGGCAGGCUGAGGCAACAGACUGCGGAAGAACGCUUCCAAGAUUGAAAUUUGAAGUCCCCCUCCCCAGGCUCGGAGAAGAAGAAUUGGAAUGAAAAUGAACCCUCUUAUGUGGCACAAAGUAGCUGGCGUUUCUGGGGUAGGUGCCCUCGCAAUGGGCACUUAUGGCGCCCAUGCCUUUAAACCUAAAAACCCUGCUUACAACGAGGUGUGGAGGACAGCUUCAUUGUAUCAUUUAGUUCAUACUGCUGCCCUUGUAGCAGCUCCUAUGACCAAAUAUCCCAACUUGUUUGGAGGACUAUUAACUACUGGAAUUCUUGCAUUUUCCGGAACGUGUUAUACCGUUGCAUACUUGGAGGACCGAUCGUAUGGAAAGGUAGCUCCAUUUGGUGGCUUUGCAUUCAUUGCUGCUUGGGCGAGCUUGCUUUUCUGAUGGAAGUGGCUGCUUCAGAUCGACUCAGAACUUGUCUUCCAAGUUACUGGCAACGUUUAUGUAAAGCUGGAUUUGAGCAAAACGCAUAUGCCAUCACCUUGACAGAUAACCAACCGAUAUAUAUGUGCUAUAUGGAGGAGAUGGGGAUGUUUUUCUUUCUGUCCUUGUUGAUGUAAUGCAUGAGGAACUCCAGGAUGUUCUUGAUUGUUUGUAUGGUGAAACCAAUGCAGGUGGAUAAAUAUGGUUGUCUUGUUGGAUUUCUCUAGCUUACUGGUUGCAUAAUUGACCCUUGUGUUCUUCAUUUUUUCUGCCUAUUUUUUUUCUUCUUUUCUCCCUGUCAUAACGACUUAUAUGUGUUGUGCUUCCUUUUUACGGUAAAGAGAGAUCAAUUUUGACAGUCCGUUUUGUAAUUCAUCAAAAGCACGUUUGAAAAAGAAAUCUACUGUAGCGAUAAUUGGUGCUUUAACUAGAAGAACUGCGAUAAGUGAAGCCUCAAACGAGGGGAAAAGGCGACCAACAGAAAAUUCAUUACUGAAAAAUUUGAAUCUAUAACGUCAUGAUCAAAUUUCUUCGUCUGGGUAGACAUAAAGAAUGGAGCAAAAGAAUUACCCCUCCGUCUGCUUGGCGUUGGAUUACGGAAUGAACUCGUACUGGCAAGAGUUAUAACCUGCAGUAAACAAAAAGUCAGUAUGGUA